GAUGCGCGGGAGGUGAUUUAUUUUGGGGUUAAUGUCUUUGACGGAACGGGCUUGGCUCCACAGGCAGUGCGCGGUCAGGAGUGCGGGGAAGCUGCGGGGCCGGGCUGGGCGAGACCCGGCGCGGCUGCGGGUGCGGUGGUCACGGGCGUUCGCGGCGGCCGGGCUCGCCGAGUGUCUGGGGUCUUACUGCUGGAGCAGAGGAAGAUUAUCCGCGGUGUGAUGGAGCAGAGUAACACGGGACCCAUACGCAGGGGCACAAGCUGCUGGAAGCUGGCCAUUCCCAGCAGACUGGCAGACUGUCCAGGGGACGCAAAGCCUGCGCCAUGUACAGAGGCCAAAAAGCAUUGCUGGUACUUUGAAGGAUUAUAUCCUACAUAUUAUAUAUGUCGCUCCUAUGAGGAUUGCUGUGGCUCAAGAUGCUGUGUAAGAGCUCUCUCUAUCCAGCGAUUAUGGUAUUUUUGGUUCCUUUUGAUGAUGGGAGUUUUGUUCUGUUGUGGAGCUGGUUUCUUUAUCCGAAGGCGGAUGUAUCCUCCUCCAUUAGUAGAAGAACCUACUUUUAAUGUGUCUUACACCAGACAACCAGUCAACACUACAUCAGGAUCACAACAACCUGGAGUGCCGUAUUACACAGAUCCAGGUGGACCUGUGAUGAAUCCUAUGGCUAUGGCUUUUCACGUCCAGCCCAAUUCCCCACAAGGAAACCCGGUUUACCCACCCCCACCUUCCUAUUGCAACACACCACCUCCCCCAUAUGAGCAGGUGGUGAAAUCCUCCACAUGAGGACUCUGGCUCUCUGACCUGACUGUGUGAGAAGAAGGUGCAAUUGCAAAAUGACCAAGAUGGAGGGCACCUGCCCUUUUGAACACUUGCUAGUUCUCCAAGUCCUCUCUCCUUCCCUUCCCUGCACCUUUCCUCAUUAAAGUUAUUUGCAAAAGGGUGAUUUUAAAUUUUUUUUCUUUUUUUUUUUUUUAGUAGAAGUGGAUUUUUUCUUUUUCUUCAAAAUGAGAGAAGUUGUCUUUGUAAUGAUUUUAAUGGAAACCUAUAUUUAAAACCUGUAUGUCUUUCUCUUU